GGCAGAACAACAUGUUUUAAAAAAAAAAAAAAAAAUGGCAACUGAAGGUACUGUAGCUGGCAGCUUGGGCGGGAAAAACGUGACUUUCAAAGGAUGAGUCAUGUUGCUGGGCAAAUUAGGCUUCUGAGUCACGUGUUUCCCGGGCUUUAGCAGGUGUUUCAAACUCACGUGUUUCCCGGGCUUUCUACAUGUGUUUGAAAUCACAUGUUUCCCGGGCUUUGUACACGUGCGGGGGGCUAUAUAAGCCCACCGCUCUGAAGGGUUUUUCAGUCAAGGCCUGGUACGGCAUAGUGUGCUUCCCCCCCCCUUUUUAUCUCUCUUACCUCAGGUCAUGAAGGAUCUCAUCAGGCGACUCCUGGAGCGAGCAGCGGAGGACGGCGGGGAAGAAUGGCUGAAGAAGUGCCUGGCGGAGAUGGAGGCUGAACCUGCCCUUGUCGCGGAGGAAGAUGGAGAAGUUGCGGGUCCGUCGGAUGCUUUUCAGCAACCGCUUCUACCUCAGACACCAUCUCUCCCUUACAGGUGUUCCAGGACCCAGCCACCCGAGCGCUCCCUUGCUGUCUCUGCGGCCCGUGAGGAUGAGGUUUCCAGCCUGGGCGGAACUUCCGACACCACCCCUCAACGCAGCAGCCUGCGAAUACAGAAGAAGAGGAGGACGGCCUCUCCAUCUCCGGUGCGCGUCACGACGGGGAGGGGUAGAGGCCGUCAAUCACCAGUGAAGGGAAGGAGGGAUCUUUUUUCUUUGCAGGUUCCUAUGGAGGAGCAGACAGCGUCACCAGUGGCCAGGCAGACUCAGCUGGACAAUGUGACGGCUCCUCAGCGGCUAGAAUUCCUUUCUAGGCCGGCUAGCAGCUCACAGAGAGAUGACAGCUCAGCGUCCCAAGCUGGAGCAGCGACAUCUAGUGGUUCAUUAUCCUCCAUCUGGAUCAUUGGACAUUCAUUUGUUCAUUGGGCUCACAUCCGGGCGUGUCAACGAUGUUACUCUUCUAACCUGUCUUUGCCUCCUGACUCUUUUAAGAUUUUUUGGAAAGGUAUUCGUGGUUUGCGUUGGGACAAUCUUUGUCACCACAUUUCUAUUUUAUCUCACAGUUUACCUUAUCCUGAUAUUUUGAUAAUCCACCUUGGGGGUAAUGACAUAGGAAAGUAUUCAACUUUAGAUUUGAUCUUUAAAAUUAAGCGCGAUUUGCAGCAUAUUCAUUUGUCCUUUCCUAGUACUAGAAUAAUCUUUUCUGAAAUGAUUCCGCGUUUUCUCUGGCUAUCUUUCCCGGAGAAUAGGUCUCUGGAGAAGAUUCGGAGGCGUGUUAAUCAUUCAAUUGAGAAAUUUAUGCCUAUAUUGAACAGUUUUUCUUAUAGGCACACUGAGUUGGAAGGAGGUUUUUCUGGUCUCUAUAGGUCUGAUGGUAUCCACCUAUCUGACAUAGGUUUGGAUAUCUUCAAUUCGGAUCUCCAGAAUAUGGUAGAAAUGGCCACGGUGCUGGGGUAGGCCGUUUUUUGUCAGCCGACAAAAACCGGCUGGUGGGGACUUUGUAUUUAUUAGUUAUGGUAUUCGCUCGAGUUCUAUGACUGAGCGAGAUCUUAAGAGAUGAUUAAAGUUUGGAAAAUGUUAUAUUAAGAAUUUAAAUAAUAUUGAAAAUGUUACUAUUAGAAUUUUAGUAAUAUUAAAUGGAAUAUUUAUGAUUAUAUAGAUUUAUUUAUACCAAUAACGGUGCCGCGGCCAUUUCUACUACCAAAAUA